ACCUGUCUGUCACCAACUCUUCAUCCUAGGUCAUCCUCUUUUUUCAUCCUAACUCGUCGCUUCCCUCGUCUGUGUUGACGCUUUCCUCCUUAGGUCGGCUUCGCUCCUUUUCACUUCUAGCAGGGCCGGCUUCAUCUCCUCGUUUCUACCAGGCGUCGUGUCCUUCUCGUUGCUCUUACUACGCCUUUCAGGCCGGUUCCUAAAUCUCGUCAAGUUCUGAGAGGUCUCUAAACUUGGCCUCCUUCUCGUCGCUCUUACUAGGCUUUUAGGUCGGUUUCCGGAUCCCGUCAAGCCGGCACGAUGAUGGCGCUAUGGGAAUACGUUCUUAAUUGGUUACGCAGUCUCUUCUUCCAGCAGGAGAUGGAGCUCUCGCUCAUCGGCCUUCAGAACGCGGGCAAGACGUCGCUCGUCAACGUCAUCGCUACUGGCGGCUUUCAAUGAAGACAUGAUCCCCACGGUGGGCUUUAACAUGCGCAAGGUGACGAAAGGGAAUGUGAGCAUCAAGCUGUGGGAUCUGGGCGGGCAACCGAGAUUCAGAAGCAUGUGGGAGAGAUACUGCCGAGGCGUGUCCGCCAUCGUCUAUGUGGUGGAUGCAUCGGACCAUGACAACAUCCCUGUGUCGCGCAGAGAGCUGCAUGAGCUGCUCAGCAAACCCUCUCUCGCCGGCAUCCCGCUGCUGCUGCUGGGGAACAAGUGCGACAAGGCAGAAGCCAUCUCCAGGGAUGCGCUUAUUGAGGCUAUGGGAUUGAACCAGGUGAUGCAGGGCAGGGAAGUGUGCUGCUACAGCAUCUCCUGCAAGCACACGACUAACAUUGAUGUCGUUAUUGACUGGCUUAUCAAGCACGCCAAGAACAAGUCCUAGAAUAUUUGUACUGCCUGAGUUUGUCGAAGUUGGAGUGUUUCUCCAACUGCACCGUGACAUGUACUGGUAGCUCUAAGGCUCUUAGCCUCUUGUAUAGCUCUUCUCUGUUCUUUAUUGCCUGUUAUCUUGUAGAAUUUCUUCAUAUGAACCUCAAUUUGUUUGAAGCAGAUGAUUUGAUUAUGCUUUCAAUCGCCCGUCCCAGCGAGCUCUGUGGAUUCGUUGCUGCUGCUCCACCCCUGCUAUCUCGGCCAACCCCCACACCCACCAUGGCCUCCCUAUCUUCGCCGCCUCCGUGGCCACGUGCCCUGCUGUGAUCGCCUCGCCGUCGACCGCGCCGGUAUCUUCGCGGCGGCUAAACGUGGAGUCGGCGCACCACGUGAACAAGAAGGCGACGGGUCGCCACGUGGCGACGCGGCCGAAGAAGCACGCGGUGUGGGACAGGAAGCGCGGCGGAACCAAGGACUACGGGCCGUUGCCCGAGGCUCCCCCGGUCUGGCGCCUAGAGGAGGACGAGAAGGCUCAGGAUGCUUCGUCUUAGACUCGUUAUAAGGCGCCUCGGUGGACGUAGUGUGCGACAGGAAGCCUGGCUUACGUGUCGACUCUUAGGGUGGAACUAAGGACUACGGUCCAUAGCCGGUGGUUCUUUCCGUCUGGCGGUUUGAGAACGAGGAGGUUAAGGUCCUGACCGCUUAAUCUUAGACACGCCAGGUGCAGGGUUUAAGACGCGUUGUAGCUGAGUGCAGCCAUUGCUGGUUCUUCCUUCUCGUAUUUGCGUCGUGGAAUCCCAUUGUACCCUCGGUUUCCCUUUAUUGUUACCAGUCUACACUGAUAUCUCGCUAAAGCGCUUUCCAACCCGCA